CAAAGCAAAAAAACAGAUGGCAUCUUUAUCAGCGAAUAUAAUUUUUACACGCAUUUUUAAUUGUUACGCGCUAACUACUAAUCGUUUGGGUCUGCCUGGUGGAUAAAAAGUGUUUGACUUUCGCAAUGACUUCAAGAAGGAAAAGCGAUGUGUGGUUGCAUUUUUCCGAAGAACAGCAAAAAAAAGUAAAGUGCUUGCUGUGCGGCCAGCAUUUAUCUGUGACCAACAAAUCGACGUGCGGCCUAAUUCGCCACCUAAAUAAAAAGCAUCGUACACAGAGAAUAUCAAGACAUCCAGCCGAGGAAUCGGAUAAUAAUAACAAUGAGUUGCAAUCUGCUGCAACAACUACACGUGUAUCCUGCAACAUUUCGCCACCUGCAAAUUCCACACCGCCACUUGAACUUUCAACGCAUACUGCCACUUCUAUACCGCCACCUGCUACUUCUGCACCUCCACUUGAAUCUUCUGCGUCACGUACCGCCACUUCUACGCCGCGACCUACAGUCAUAUCGGGAUACUUUCAUAGGCCACUGUUGAAUAAAAACAAGAGUGAAAUUGAUCAACAAUUAGUUAAAAUGAUUGUUAUCUAAUAUCACCCAUUCAGUAUAGUCGAAGACGUCCAGUUUCGGAAACUUAUUCAUCUACUUAACCCUAAUUAUAGCGUUCCGACUAGGAAGACUAUUUCAAGUUCACUUAUACCUGCGAUUUAUUAUAAAACAUUUGAAAUAGUAAAAUGCCGGUUAAAAAGAGCACACGCUGUAUGUCUGACUGUUGACAGCUGGACUUCGCGAGCGCAAGACAGUUUCUUUAGCGUGACGGCACAUUACAUCUAGACUGAUACUUUUAAUAAAUGUUUGUUAUGUACCUAUGUUCAGUUUGUCAUGGUAAA